UGAGAAACAUUUUGUUUCUAUUUGACAUCGCUUGAAGAUUUCGAUGAAAUCGAAGCCGCAUUGUAGUAUUACAAUAAUUUCCAUAAUAAGGCGCCAAGAAAUAGUGGCUUAAGAUUUCCACGGAACGGGGCAACAACUGCCUUAAUCCCGAGUCCAUCAGGCGACCCAAGAGGAGCAUUCGCAAGUGAGCGCCGGAAACGCCGGCACAUUGCUGACACAGACAACAACAAUAGAAAAUCGCCAUGACGUCGGCAAGAGAUUUGAUAAAAAUUGAUAUAGAAUGGGGCAUGGAGCGGCUGGUGCGAGCCCAACAGGUUGUGGAGCUCCGGCCAUACGACAUCGAGUCGUGGUCGGUGAUGCUCCGCGAGGCCCAGACCCGGCCCAUACACGAGGUGCGCAGUCUGUACGAGUCGCUGGUGAAUGUGUUUCCAACGACGGCCCGCUACUGGAAGCUCUACAUCGAGAUGGAGAUGCGGAGUAGGUACUACGAGCGCGUGGAGAAGCUGUUCCAGCGGUGCCUGGUCAAGAUUCUCAACAUAGACCUGUGGAAGCUGUACCUAACCUACGUCAAGGACACCAAGUCGGGGCUCAGCACGCACAAAGAAAAGAUGGCCCAGGCCUAUGACUUUGCGCUGGAGAAGAUCGGCAUGGACCUGCACUCGUUCAGCAUUUGGCAGGACUAUAUUUACUUUCUUCGCGGCGUGGAGGCCGUCGGAAACUAUGCAGAAAACCAAAAAAUAACCGCUGUUCGGCGAGUCUACCAGAAGGCGGUCGUCACACCCAUUGUGGGCAUUGAGCAGCUGUGGAAGGACUACAUCGCCUUCGAGCAGAACAUAAACCCCAUCAUAUCCGAGAAGAUGAGCCUGGAGAGGUCCAAGGACUACAUGAAUGCCCGGCGCGUGGCCAAGGAGCUGGAGUACCACACCAAGGGUCUGAAUCGCAACCUGCCCGCCGUCCCGCCCACACUCACCAAAGAAGAGAUCAAGCAGGUGGAGCUCUGGAAACGAUUCAUCACCUACGAGAAGUCAAAUCCGCUGCGAACCGAGGAUACGGCACUGGUCACACGACGCGUCAUGUUCGCAACGGAGCAGUGCCUGUUGGUUCUGACCCACCAUCCGGCCGUUUGGCAUCAGGCCUCCCAGUUCCUGGACACCAGUGCACGCGUCCUCACCGAGAAAGGCGUGCGUAGUAGUGUUUCUGCGAUCCAGAGAUCCAGCGAUCCUGUAGUGAAGCAAAUAGAGUGGAUUUUGGCAUUUGCAUUUUGGCAUUCGCCUUCGCAGGAUGUCCAAGCGGCCAAGAUAUUCGCCGACGAGUGCGCCAACAUCCUGGAGCGCUCCAUCAACGGAGUGCUGAACCGGAAUGCGCUUCUCUACUUCGCCUACGCCGACUUCGAGGAGGGCAGACUAAAGUACGAAAAGGUCCACUCGAUGUACAACAAGCUGCUCCAGCUACCGGACAUUGAUCCCACUCUGGUCUAUGUUCAGUACAUGAAGUUCGCCCGCCGCGCCGAAGGCAUCAAGUCGGCUCGCGGUAUUUUCAAAAAGGCCCGCGAGGAUGUCCGUUCCCGGUAUCACAUAUUCGUGGCCGCCGCCCUCAUGGAGUACUACUGCUCCAAGGACAAGGAGAUCGCCUUCCGUAUCUUCGAACUGGGCUUGAAGCGAUUCGGCGGCAGUCCGGAGUACGUGAUGUGCUACAUCGACUACUUGUCGCAUCUCAACGAGGACAACAACACGCGUGUCCUGUUCGAGCGGGUCCUCAGCUCCGGCGGUCUGUCGCCGCACAAGAGCGUGGAGGUUUGGAACCGAUUUCUGGAGUUCGAGUCCAACAUCGGCGAUCUGUCCAGUAUUGUGAAGGUGGAGCGACGCCGGAGUGCAGUCUUCGAAAAUCUCAAAGAGUACGAAGGCAAGGAGACGGCCCAGCUGGUGGAUCGAUACAAGUUCUUGGACCUCUACCCCUGCACCAGCACUGAACUCAAGUCCAUAGGCUAUGCCGAGAAUAUUGGCAUUAUCCUGAACAAGGUGGGCGGCGGUGUCCAGAGCCAGAACAAUGGCGAAGCGGAGGCGGAUAGCGAGGCUACUCCGCCGCUGCCGCGUCCCGAUUUCUCACAAAUGAUUCCAUACAAGCCCCGGCCGUGCGCCCAUCCAGGUGCCCAUCCGCUGGCGGGCGGCGUCUUCCCCCAGCCACCGGCGCUGGCUGCGUUGUGCGCCACCCUGCCGCCGCCGAACUCCUUCCGUGGACCCUUUGUCAGCGUGGAGCUUCUGUUCGACAUCUUCAUGCGGCUUAAUCUGCCAGACUCUGCCCCGCAACCCAAUGGCGACAAUGACCUGUCACCCAAGAUCUUCGACCUGGCCAAGUCGGUGCACUGGAUCGUGGACACGAGUACGUAUACGGGUGUCCAGCACAGUGUUACGGCCAUCCCACCGCGACGGAGACGACUGCUGCCGGGUGGCGAUGACAGCGAUGAUGAGCUGCAGACCGCCGCUCCGCCCACCCACGAUAUCUACCGGCUGCGGCAGUUAAAGCGGUUCGCCAAGUCCAACUAAGACUGCCGCCGGAUAUCCAAUUUUGCUAUUUUUUUUUUAACUUACUGCAUUUACAAGAAAUACAUCAUCGAAAGUGGAGAGAACAAUUA